AUGUCAGUGCGAAACCUAACGGAGAAACACUUUGAAGAAGGCUCGAAUUUGGACUCUCGCGAAAACCUCGCGCAAUCCUCGUCGCAGCUGGGCUCUGCACCUCAUAACCCGUUUUCAGAUGACGCCGAGGACGAAAUGUAUGGAUCUGGAUCCUAUAGCGCCAGUGACGCUUCGCUGAUCCACCACGACAGCGACCGUAGCCCCGUGGAGAACUCCCGGGACGUUUCCGACUACAAAGGGUAUUACUCCAGGGGCCCGGCGGGUGCUCGCCAGUCGGCCAGAAGUGGUGCUGCCGCUGCUGCGGCCGGAAGACUUGGUCGCGGUAGUUCAAGUGCAAGCCAAGCCAUGCCCGCAGGACUGCCCUCCGGCACGAGUCUUAACUCGCACCUAGGUAUUUCCACCAACGACAUCACAGCACCACCGGGCUUUGACCGCUAUCCCAUUGUCGGGGGUUCACGAGUGACCUCCAUGGCGGUACCUCCCGGAGCCAGUACUUCCCACCCCCAGGGACCCAGCAACAACAACUCAUCUGCGUCGAUCACAUCAUCAGACCCGUUCAUCAGUGACCAGGACUUCUCACCCUUUGGUGGUUAUCCAGCGUCCUCCUUCCCACUCCUUUUGGAUGAAAAAGAAGACGACGACUACCUGCACAACCCUGACCCCGAGGAAGAAGCUCGGCUCGAUAAACGCCGUUUCGCACUGGACUUCAAACAUAUGGACAAAAGAGCAGCUGGUGGGUACAUCAGUUUCCUGCUUCUGUUUCUGGGAGCUAUCGCCGUGUUUGUCAUUCUCCCCGUGCUUACAUUCACCGGUGCCACCAUACAUUCACACCCACAAACAAUCACUAUCCUUUCGUUAUAUGAGUAUCCACAACUAUCUGCCAUUCGUACUAGCUUGGUAGAUCCCGACACGCCAGACGACCAGAAGACCCACGAAGCCCUGGAUGGCUCUUCUUGGCCGUUGGUGUUUUCCGAUGAGUUCAACGCGGAAGGAAGAACUUUUUAUGACGGAGAAGAUCAAUUUUGGACUGCUGUCGAUAUCCAUUACGAUGCUACCAAAGAUCUCGAAUGGUAUUCUCCCGACGCUGCCAUCACUGCCAAUGGUACCCUACAGCUGACUUUAGACGCUUACAAGAACCAUGGUCUAUACUACAGAUCUGGUAUGAUGCAAUCUUGGAAUAAAAUGUGUUUCACGCAAGGCUACGUCGAAGCCUCUGCAAACCUCCCCAACUAUGGUAGAGUCAUGGGACUGUGGCCUGGUAUGUGGACUAUGGGAAAUCUUGCGAGGCCAGGGUACCUAGCCUCAACCGAAGGAUUGUGGCCAUAUUCUUAUAGCGCUUGUGAUGCAGGUAUCACUCCUAACCAAAGUUCCCCCGAUGGUAUAUCAAUGUUGCCAGGUCAAAGACUAAGUGUAUGUACCUGUGAUGACGAAGACCAUCCGAACCAAGGGACGGGUAGAGGUGCCCCUGAAAUUGAUAUCAUCGAAGCCGAGACCGACACAACCAUUGGUGUAGGGCUGGCAUCCCAAUCUCUACAGAUUGCUCCCUUUGACAUCUGGUACAUUCCGGAUUACAACUUUAUUGAAAUCUACAAUACUUCCACUACGGUGAUGAAUACCUAUUGCGGUGGACCGUUCCAACAAGCGGUCUCAGCAGUUUCAACCUUGAACACCUCGUGGUACGAAUUCGGCCCCGACGCUGGUUACUUCCAAUCUUACGGUUUUGAGUUAAUUAAUGACGAAGAAGAUGGGUAUCUGAGAUGGUUCGUUGGGGAUAAACCAACCUACACAAUUUACUCAAAGUCCUUGCACCCUAACGGUAAUAUCGAUUGGAGAUACCUCAGUAAAGAACCAAUGUCCAUUAUUUUGAACUUGGGUCUCUCCACAAACUGGGCCUACAUCGAUUUCAAUUCUAUAUUCUUUCCAGUCACAAUGAGUAUUGACUACGUACGGGUGUACCAACCCAGUGAUGCUGUCAACAUCAAUUGCGACCCUGAUGAUUACCCAACUUACGAUUAUAUCCAAAGCCAUUUGAAUGCUUACACCAAUGCCAACCUCACGGAUUGGGAGAGUGCCGGUUAUACCUUCCCCAAAAACAUCUUGACUGGAAACUGUAAGAGUUCGAAGUUUUCUUUGUCCUAG